AUGUCAACAACAGAGAACACAACAACUGCUAUCGUUCAUGAAGCCAUAAAUGAAGAAUAUGAGUACAUACAGUAUAACAAACAACUCCGUCUCAUUCGUUCAGUCAAAGAUGACAUGUACCAAAUGCAAAGUAUUUUGACAGCAUGUUUUGCUCCAGACACUAAACACGCAGACGACUGGUUCAAAAACCAAAGCACACAAGAACUUUUGAGUGAAAUUUCUCUAGACCGACUUUUUUCGGUCUUGCAUAAAACACAUGAAAAUCGUAAAAAUUUGCCAAUAAAUUUAAGAGGAUAUUAUGUACAUAGACUUUUAGUAAAUGCAGUUGCAAUGUGGGCUUCGCCUCGUUAUGCAUGGCAUGUUUACAAACUUCUUGACGAAAUUCAUAGACAAGAACGUGAAGAGAUGGAAAAGAAACUUCAAGCAAAAGAUGAAGUCAUUGAAGCAAAAGACAAAAGCAUUCAGAAAAGAAUACCACGUUCAGUACCAAAAGGUAAGGAAAAGAACUAUAAGUAUAUGAUUUAUACUGAAGAGAUGGAGAAAGAAGAAGAUAGAGAUAUGGUUAUGUUGCAUUUAGUCAGAAGAAACAACAAAAGCUUUUACGACCUCGCUAAAAUAUAUAAAUCUGACAGAAACUGGUUCUAUCGCGAAAACUUACCGAUUUCAAUGACACCGAAUGAGCAAAUAAAGGAAAUUGUCAAAAGUACUCUUCCUCAAACACACUAUGAUAUUAAAGGUUGUACAAUUCUUACCUUCAAAGAAGACUUACCAUUACUGAAGGAAAAAAUAACAGAAUAUUUCGAUAACUUCAAAGAGGAAGAAUAA